AUGCACAUUGACCCGAAGGAUGACGACAGCGAUUUUGUCCCCGAGGGGUCUAACCAGGACAGCCUGCGGACCCCGCCGCAAACCAAACGCACGGGCCAGGGGGGAGGCGGCCGGGGAAAGCAGGGCCGGGCCCGGGAAAGCGCGAUUCGGGGAGCUCUGGCCUCGGUGGCACCGAGCGCCGCGGAGGAGGAGAGAGGGGAAGGAGAGCCGGGCUGCGGGGCGCAGGGCGGAAGCCAAUGGCAGGGUGUCUGCCUUGAGUCAGGAGCCAACGGAGCUCUCCCCUGGUGUCAGUUGCAGGAACCUUCCCUCUACACCAUCAAGGCUGUUUUCAUCCUAGAUAAUGACGGACACCGCCUCCUGGCCAAGUAUUAUGAUGAUACAUUCCCCUCCUUGAAGGAGCAGAUGGCCUUCGAGAAAAAUGUCUUCAACAAGACCAGCCGGACUGACAGCGAGAUUGCGUUUUUCGGGGCCAUGACCAUCGUCUACAAGAGCAGCAUUGACCUCUUCCUGUAUGUGGUGGGCUCCUCCCAUGAGAAUGAGCUGAUGCUCAUGUCUGUUCUCACCUGCCUGUUUGAGUCCCUGAACCACGUGUUAAGGAAGAAUGUGGAGAAGCGCUGGUUGCUGGAGAACAUGGAUGGAGCCUUCUUGGUGCUGGACGAGAUCGUGGAUGGCGGCGUGAUUCUGGAGAGCGACCCUCAGCAAGUGAUCCAGAAAGUGAAUUUUAGGGCAGAUGACAGCAGCCUGACCGAACAGAGUGUGGCCCAGGUCUCUCUGCCCAGACUAAUCCUGCUUUCACGGAGCUUCCUGCCUCAGUGCACUAACUACCUCCCUGCUGUGACAGCUAAGGCAGGGGACGGACCCAAGCCAUCCGGUGUGGAACCCACCUCCUUUACUGCCCUUGCUGCUCACCCUGCCUCUCCCUCCUCCCAGCUCCCGUGCCUCCUCAUACUUCGCUGGGAUGAAGGCAGCCACGUGGCAGCCUUCAGGUUCUUCAGUCUGCCAAGGAACAAAUUAAAUGGUCGUUACUGAAAUGAAGGCUGUGCAUUCAGGGCUCCCAGCCCCCAGAGCACUUCCCCAGUCCUGGCAAAAUCUCAGAGACCCCAGGGAACAGGAAAAACCCCUCUGUAUCCCUAAGCCCUCCCAGAACUGACUGCUGAGGUCUCUGGCCAGGAACUCUGAGAUGCAAAGAUUUGGCUUCAGCCCUGAUUCACCCCUUCUCACUGCCCUGGCCUGCCCCUUGGGCCAUGAGAACCAUCUCAGACUUUAGGCAUCCCUGGCCCCAGAACCCUAAUAAACCUGCUUUGUCUCCUGCCA